AGACCGGCGAGCCCUGGGCCUGCGAACUCCAAAGAGGCGAGCAUCGUGCCCCGGUGGACUUUUGCUAACCAAACCGCCAUGUCUUUCCGCGACCUCCGCAUGGAGAAUUGCUAGCUUCCCCUUAGCAGGAGAAAGUGUUUGGAUGAAGCCUGACUGGAGGGGAAACUGCCACCUGUUCACCACCAUCUUUCUCGUCCACCGUCUGGUGCAGUCCGCCCUGCUUUAUCGUACAGAUUUCACAGAGAUGAUGAGAGCCCUGGGAUACCCACGACAUAUCUCUAUGGAGAAUUUCCGCUCACCCAACUUUGGGCUUGUCUCUGAAGUCCUCCUGUGGCUUGUGAAAAGAUAUGAGCCACAGACUGACAUCCCUUCUGACAUUGAGACCGAACAAGACCGAGUUUUCUUCAUUAAAGCAAUUGCCCAGUUCAUGGCCACAAAGGCACAUAUAAAACUCAAUACCAAGAAGCUUUAUCAGGCAGAUGGGUAUGCCGUGAAAGAGCUGUUGAAGAUCACAUCCGUUCUUUACAAUGCAAUGAAGACCAAGGGUAUGGAGGGCUCUAAAGUGGGAGAGGAAGACAUCAGCAAGUUCAAGUUUGACCUUGGCUCUAAGAUUGCAGAUCUGAAGGCAGCCAGGCAACUUGCUUCUGAAAUCACUGCCAAAGGAGCAUCUCUGUAUGACUUGCUGGGCAAAGAGGUUGAGCUGAGGGAACUGAGAACAGAAGCCAUUGCUAGACCUCUAGAGAUAAACGAGACUGAGAAAGUGAUGAGAAUCGCAAUAAAAGAUAUUUUGGCACAGGUUCAGAAGACUAAAGACCUGCUCAAUAACGUGGCCUCUGAUGAAGCUAACUUAGAAGCCAAAAUUGAGAAGAGAAAAUUAGAACUGGAAAGAAAUCGGAAGCGACUUCAGACCCUGCAGAGCGUCAGGCCGGCCUUCAUGGACGAGUAUGAGAAAACUGAGGAGGAGCUGCAGAAGCAGUACGACAUUUAUCUAGAGAAAUUCCGGAACUUGGCUUACCUGGAGCAGCAACUUGAGGAUCAUCACCGGAUGGAGCAGGAGAGGUUUGAAGAAGCUGAAAAUACUCUCCGUCUCAUGCAGAAUAAGCUAAAGGAGGAGGAAAAGCGGCUUCUCAAGAGUGGAAGUAACGAUGACUCAGACAUAGACAUCCAAGAGGACGAUGAGUCCGAUAGUGAGCUGGAGGAGAGAAGGCUGUCUAAACCUCGAACCGCCAUGGAAGUGCUCAUGCAAGGAAGGCCCAGCAAACGCAUCGUGGGCACAAUGCAAGGUGGAGACUCUGAUGAAGAUGAGGACUCAGAGGACAGUGAAAUUGACAUGGAAGACGACGAAGAGGAUGACGACGAUUUGGAAGAUGAAAGCAUUGCUCUCUCGCCAGCUAAGCCCAGUCGACGGGUCCGCAAACCUGAGCCCCUGGACGAGAGUGACAAUGACUUCUGACCUUCUUGCCAGGGGACCCAGGCAGACUCAGAGCCUCAGAGAUAUAGGUAAACAGGAAAUCAGCAGACUGGAAAGGUAACAUGUAUCUGGUUCACUACACCAUCUGGGCAUAACCAUUAUCAAAACAAAGCCCAAUAAAGAUACUCUUUUGUCUUAUUUCCUAACACUUGGGAAAUGCAUGUGCUCUAAGUAAUCAAAUCCACAAGAAAAGCUUUGAAGAGAAAUAUAAACUGAUACCAUGUAA